UCCAUUACGUAUUCUCUGCUGCAAGAGAUCCUGAUCCUUACUCACCUCUCCGUAUUCAACGACUCGACAGAUGGCCCUGAUUUAUCAUACGUGUUAAGAGAUGAAAAGUCCACGUGUAGACACCAUCUUCACAAUCCUACUAACCCCCACCCCCGGGCCAAGAUUUUUCACAAGGCUCCAAAAGAUUCCUGUUUUACUUGAAAUAUGCUCGUUCGACGAAAUCUAAGUGCACUUGCUGUGUCUGCUUCUCUACUUUUAGGAAAGCGUUCCUCACCGAGUUUCAACCAAACCCUUUUGAGUUUUCCACAGAUUUCACCAGUUUAUCUGGUAUCUCACUCGAUCAAAACAGGGUCUCCAAGGUCUCUCGUGGGUAGUUUGAGAUUUGAUCAUACUAUGGCUGCUCAGUCCUCCAAGGGGUCAGUUCAUGACUUCACUGUUAAGGAUGCAAAAGGAAAUGACGUCGAUUUAAGCAUUUACAAGGGCAAGGUCCUCUUGAUUGUCAAUGUUGCAUCACAAUGUGGCUUGACCAACUCCAACUACACUGAGCUGAGUAAAUUGUACGAGAAAUAUAAAGAUCAAGGUUUCGAGAUUCUGGCAUUUCCAUGUAACCAGUUUGGGGGUCAGGAGCCAGGGAACAAUGAAGAAAUCUUGGAGUUUGCUUGCACUCGCUUUAAAGCUGAAUACCCCAUAUUUGAUAAGGUGGAUGUGAAUGGCGAGAACGCAGCUCCGAUAUACAAAUUCCUGAAGGCUAGCAAAGGUGGAGCUUUGGGUGGACUUCUGGGGGACGACAUCAAGUGGAAUUUUGCCAAGUUCCUGGUGGAUAAAGAGGGACAUGUUGUGGAUCGUUAUGCCCCCACUACUUCCCCUAUUAGCAUCGAGUUGAUAUUUGCAGAAGGAUAUAAAGAAACUGCUUGGCUGAUGUUUUGGGCUUCGUCACCUCAGGCUUUGAGUGAAUAAAGUUAAAUGUUUUUACCAAUAAAAUCUAUUACGAUGAUGUUUCUCUCUUCUUCUUUUUUCCUUCCAUCUGUUAAGAUGGGUUAGACUGUACCAGAAUUUGCAAGUUGAACCCUAUAACUUAAUAUAUUUAUACAUAUUAUAUAUAUUAUAUAAUAUUUACAAA